CUAAGCUAGGUCGACGCCGCGAUGGCAUCGAAGACGAAGGCGAGCAAGAGGUCGCGGCACGACCACGGGUUCGCCGCGGUGGCGCGGCCGCCGUCGUGCCCAGGCCUGACGGAGCUCGCCAUCCGCCUCGCCAGGAGGAUCCCGGCGAGUGCCGCCGGCGGCGGCGGCAACCUCGUGUUCUCGCCGCUGUCGGUCUACGCCGCGCUCGCGCUGGUCGCCGCGGGCGCCGCCGGCGACACGCUCGCCGAGCUCCUCGGCGUCCUCGGCGUGGCGUCCUACGACGAGCUGGCCGGCCUCGUCGGCCGGCUCGCCGGGAAGGCCCUCGCCGACCUGUCCGGCACGGGCGGGCCGUGCGUGUCGUUCGUGUCCGCCGUGUGGCACGACAUGGCCAGGACGCUCGCGCCGUCGUUCCGCGCUGCCGCCGUCCUCUCCUUCAUGGCGGAGACCCACGCCGUCGACAUGCGGUCGCGGCGGGAAGCAGUGGGUCAGAUCAACGCGUGGGCGAAGAAGGCGACGAACGAGCUCAUCGACUCGGUCAUCGACGGCGAGCUCCCCGCCGACGCCGACGUCGUCGUCACCAACGCCGUCUACUUCAAGGGCAAGUGGGAGGAGCCCUUCAAGAAGAGGCUCACCAUCACCGACAAGUUCCACCGCCUCGGCGCCGCCGCCGCCGUCGACGCGCGCUUCAUGCGGAGCACGCUCCCGCGCCACCACAUCGCCUGCCACGACGGGUUCAAGGUGCUCCGCCUCCCGUACGAGCAAGGCCGGCGCCCGCCGUGGUCGCCGCCGCCGUCGCGCUUCUCCAUGUGCGUCUUCCUCCCCGACGCGCGCGACGGGCUCUGGGACCUCCUCGACGAGAUCGCGUCAGCCCCGGGCCUCCUGCAGGCGGCGCUGCCGACGAAGACGGUGCGAGUCGGCAAGUUCAUGCUGCCCAAGUUCAAGCUCACCUUCUCCGACGACAUCGCCGGCGUCCUCCGUGGCCUGGGCCUCGACGUCACCUUCAGCGACGGGGUAGCCGACUUCUCCAAGAUGGUGGAGGACGACGGCGGCAGGCGGCCGCUGUCGAUGAGGAGCCUCGUCCACAAGGCCGUGAUAGAGGUGAACGAGGAAGGCACCGAGGCGGCGGCCGUCACCGGUGCGACAUUGUGCCUCGCGAGUGCGAAGCGGCCACGGCCGGUGGUCGUGGACUUCGUCGCCGACCAUCCUUUCGCCUUCUUUGUCAUCGAGGAGACGUCGGGCGCCGUCGUGUUCGCCGGCCACGUCCUUGACCCUAGCUCAAAGCCCGGAGCUCUUGACGAUGAUGACGAUGACGAUGUCGUUGACCAUAGGUCAACUCCCGGAGCGUCGGAAGAAGAAGACGAUGGCGACGACGACAUGGACUACCACGUCGGCAUGAUUGGAUGUCUUCGUCAACUUUGGGGUUGCUGCUGCAUGCCAUUUGUUGUGGUUAGAAACUUUGUGAAAUUUCUCGUGUAG